AUCAACAAUAUAAAUAUAUCUCAUCUUCUCUCCCCUUUCAUUUCCUCUCUGUCUCUAUUGUGUGUUUCGGAAGAAUCUUACGAUGGAUAGAGUUGAAUCUUAUGUGUUUGAUAUCUCCGGUGAUAGUUUGUAUCAGUCUUCUUCUUCCGAGUCUCUCUCUUCACCUUCUUCUUCUUCCGCUGCGUCUUCUUCAAUUGGGAAGAACAGCGACGAUGAAGAAGACUUUCACGGUGGCGAAGGGGAAGAGAAUGAAGCUGAGUCUACGUACAAAGGCCCUCUUGAUCUGAUGGAAUCACUAGAAGAAGUCUUACCCGUUAGGAAAGGGAUAUCGAGUUUUUACAACGGAAAGUCAAAGUCAUUCACGAACCUAGCGGCUGAGGCUGCGAAGGCGUUGACUUCUUCCUCGUCGAUGAAGGACUUGGCCAAGCCGGAGAAUCCUUACAGCCGGAGGAGGAGGAAUCUCCUCUGCCAUCAGAUUUGGGAGAACAACAACAAGAAGACAACUCCACGUGGCGGGAUCUCGAAGAAACAUGUCAUGAGCUCGAGCAGGAGCGCGUUGACUCUCGCCAUGGCGGUUGCGGCCGGAGAAGGAUCUUCUUCCGGGGGAGACUCGUCGCAGGGGUCGAGUCCGUCUCCUCCGAGGCAGAGACAUCAUAUGAUGAUGCUUCCUCCGCUGUAUCCUAGGAGUCAGGGGUCUAUUGGUAAUUUGAAGUCGUCUCAAUCGUCGUUGGAGUUUUGUGCCUUGAGAUCGUACUCGGUGGCUGAUAUCUCGAGGUGUUUUCCGGCGAGUGGUCUUGGGUCCAGUGACUCGUAGUGAUCAUGACAUUUGUUUUGUUGAAGUUAUAUCAACCCUUUUUAGGUUUUUGGAUUAACGUCCGGAGAAUGUAUAGACGAGUUUGAAAACUUUUAAAUGGAUCUACAACUUUUUCAUCUUA